UGACUGAUCAGCUGAUCGAUCAGUUCAUCGUGACGACAUCAAAGACCGAAUCUGAUGUUGUAAUUAAUAUUGAAACAAUAAUUCUCACUCAUUGUUGAUCAGCUGAUUAUUAUUCACCUGAUUAAUUUGUCUUUUAAGUGUUUUGAGUGAAAAGGGCCUACUGUACUGUACAACAUCAUAAUAAUCAGAAUACACAAGCAGAGUACAGAAUACACAACCAGAGUACAGAAUACACAGUCUGAUUACUCAGUACAUGUUAUGAUUUAUUCAGAUUGUAGAGUACACCUGCAGUAAUUUGAUCACUUGAUCCACAUGACCAAAAUUAUUUUGUCAAACCUGCAAAUAUUGAUCAUUUUUCCUUUCAGAUGACUAAUGCUAUGAGUCAUCCUCAGUGUCAGUUGACCGAUGGAUUACAGUAUUGAUUAUUGAUCGAUUGAUGAUUGGUUCUGCUCCAGGUUUGAUCUGCUCUCACUCUGUUCCCCGAUAAUCAGCGGUGACAUCAUCACUAACAGACUGAUCAGUGAGUUGAUUCAUGGAAUCUGACGCUCCGAAACUCCGAACUCAUCUGGACAAAACCAAACUUUUAGUUCCGUCAUCAGAAUCUGUGGCUGAUCAUUUUUCUUCUGUGGAAUCUGACAAAGUGUCUGAUGCAGAUUAAUGAUCAGUUAUGUCGUUAAUGAGCGGCCACCGGUCCCGUCGGAGGAUCAUCUGAGUUCUGUUAGUCCAACUGGAGUCAGCUGGUCCCUUUUAAAGGAGCAGUCUGUGAAACAGCAGAGUCUCUGGACGACGUCAUCAGUGUCACAGCGAGAGAAGGAGUCAGGCGUCAGGUGUGACUGUGCACGACGAGGUCAUCAGAGUGUUCAACGACAUGAAGGUGAGGAAGUCGUCGACCCAGGACGAGGUGAAGAAGAGGAAGAAGGCGGUUCUGUUCUGUCUGAGCGAGGACAAGAAGAAGAUCAUCGUGGAGGACGGGAAGCAGAUCCUGGUGGGAGACAUCGGGGAGACGGUGGACGACCCGUACGCCUGCUUCGUCGGGCUCCUCCCCCCCAACGACUGCAGAUACGGAUUGUACGACGCCACCUACGAGACCAAGGAGUCCAAGAAGGAGGACCUGGUCUUCAUCUUCUGGGCUCCAGACGGAGCGUCCUUGAAGAGUAAGAUGAUCUAUGCCAGCUCUAAAGAUGCCAUCAAAAAGAAGUUUACAGGUAUCAAACACGAGUGGCAGGUGAACGGGCUGGAGGACAUCCAGGACCGCGCCACGCUGGCCGAGAAGCUGGGCGGUAACGUGGUGGUGUCUCUGGAGGGCAAACCGCUGUGAUGUCACGGUGGCGAGCCGAGCGGAGCCAAGCCAACCGCCGUGCCAUCUUGACCGAAGCACCCGCCCCCACCCGAACACCGCCGCUUCACCCAGCAGCUCGCUCUGUCUGUAUCCACGUCCUGAAGGAGUUAGAGUCUUUAGGCCUUUGUUCUCUCGUUUUUGUUCUUUUUGCUUCUUUUUUUUUUUCCAACACGGAGAUCUCAUUAACAUAAUGAUAUGCAAACACCUCCCAGUUUGUUGCCAAUUGACUUCUGUUCACCUGGCAGAAAAAAAACACUAAUUGACCCGCCACCAAACCCAGGACGCUCGUCUCUCUCACAGCCGGAGUUUUUGCCAAAAAGUCCAUGUGAAGGAAGCGGCUGCGCGUGUCGGAGACGUCGCCACACGACACGCCGUCACGCGACAUGCCGCCAAGCGACGCACAGCCAAGCUCCGCCUCCUGCAGCACACGGGUUUUUACAUAUGACUUUAUUUAUUAUUGUAAAGUGUUGUUUCUUCUCCAGUAUGUUAGAACCAGGCCGACUCGUCGUGACACUAUGCACUGAGAAGAGAAGAAGAUCAUCAUCCCCAACACUACAGCUCACUUCUCUGUGAUGAUGUCACCGCGCUAACGUGAUGAUGUCACUGCGCUGACGCUCGUUCACCUCGGUUUUCAUUCCUGUCGGACUCGGCGUCGUUCUAGCUGUUCGGCCGCCGCCGCUUUAUUUUCAGUUUGAAUGUAACCGUCACACCACCAGAGUUAGAGUGCACUUUUAUUUUGUAAAGAAACACUACAGGAAGCAGAUUUGACCCCAGCAGUGAGAGACGACCCCACAGCAGCAGCAGCAACAACAACAACAACAACAACAACAACAACAACAUCUGGAGCCUUAAAGGGGAACACGUUGUUUCUGAGAUCACAGGAAGCCACUUUGCAAUAAAAGCCUGUGGCCGAUCUGA